GUCAUCAUGGCGACGCGGGGCCAUGUGCAGGACCCUAACGACAGGCGCCUCCGGCCCAUUUACGAUUAUCUUGAUAAUGGUAAUAAUAAAAUGGCAAUUCAGCAAGCAGACAAAUUGUUGAAAAAGCAUAAGGAUCUUCAUUGUGCUAAGGUUUUAAAGGCAAUUGGUUUACAGAGAACUGGAAAGCAAGAGGAAGCCUUCAUCUUGGCGCAGGAGGUGGCAGCCCUUGAACCCACAGACGACAACUCGCUGCAGGCACUGACUAUUCUUUACCGGGAGAUGCAUCGACCGGAGUUAGUCACAAAACUUUAUGAGGCAGCUGUGAAGAAAGUUCCCAAUAGUGAGGAAUAUCACUCUCACCUCUUCAUGGCCUAUGCCAGAGUGGGCGAAUACAAGAAAAUGCAACAGGCUGGCAUGGCUCUAUAUAAGAUUGUACCCAAAAACCCUUACUACUUUUGGUCUGUGAUGAGCUUAAUAAUGCAAUCUAUAUCAGCGCAGGAUGAAAACCUCUCAAAAACGAUGUUUCUGCCCCUUGCUGAGAGAAUGGUAGAAAAAAUGGUAAAAGAGGACAAGAUAGAAGCAGAGGCUGAAGUUGAACUUUAUUAUAUGAUCCUAGAACGUUUGGGAAAGUACCAGGAAGCCUUGGAUGUCAUCAGAGGAAAAUUAGGAGAGAAGUUAACAAGUGAGAUUCAGAGUCGGGAAAAUAAAUGCAUGGCUAUGUACAAGAAGCUGAGCAGGUGGCCAGAGUGCAAUGCCCUUUCUCGGCGCCUCUUACUGAAAAACUCAGAUGACUGGCAGUUCUAUCUGACUUAUUUCGAUUCUGUCUUUCGACUGAUUGAAGAAGCCUGGACUCCUCCUGCUGAAGGUGAACACUCUUUAGAAGGAGAAGUACAUUAUUCUGCAGAAGAGGCUGUGAGAUUUAUAGAAGAUCGGAUAACAGAAGAAUCUAAAAGUUCUCGCCAUCUCCGAGGACCACAUCUAGCUAAACUGGAGCUGAUUAGACGUUUACGACGUCAAGGUUUUAAUGAUGAGUACAAACUGGGUGAUCCAGAAGAAUUAAUGUUCCAGUAUUUUAAAAAGUUUGGGGAUAAACCUUGUUGUUUCACAGACCUCAAGGUGUUUGUUGACCUCUUGCCUGCUACACAGUGUACAAAAUUUAUUAAUCAGUUACUUGGAGUUGUUCCUUUGUCAACACCAACAGAGGAUAAGCUGGCACUGCCUGCUGACAUCAGAGCUCUGCAGCAACAUUUGUGUGUGGUGCAGCUGACGAGGUUACUUGGCUUGUACCACAUGAUGGAUAAAAAUCAGAAAUUGAGUGUGGUGAGAGAAUUGAUGUUAAGGUACCAGCAUGGACUAGAAUUUGGGAAAUCCUGUUUGAAAACCGAAUUGCAAUUUUCAGACUAUUACUGUCUCCUUGCUGUCCAUGUGCUUAUUGAUAUAUGGAGAGAAACAGGUGAUGAGACCGCUGUGUGGCAGGCCCUGACUUUGCUGGAAGAGGGACUAACUCACAGCCCUUCCAAUGCUCAAUUCAAAUUGCUGCUUGUUCGAAUCUACUGUAUGCUGGGGGCAUUUGAACCGGUGGUGGAUCUGUAUUCCAGCCUUGAUGCUAAGCAUAUCCAGCAUGACACCAUUGGUUAUCAUUUGACCCGAUACGCCGAAUCCCUAGGUCAGUAUGCUGCUGCAUCCCAGUCCUGUAACUUCGCGCUCAGGUUUUUCCACUCCAACCAGAAAGAUACCUCAGAAUAUAUUAUUCAAGCUUACAAAUAUGGUGCAUUUGAGAAGAUCCCAGAGUUUAUCGCUUUUAGGAACAGGCUGAAUAAUUCUCUUCAUUUUGCACAAGUCCGUACUGAACGGAUGUUGUUAGACCUUCUACUUGAAGCAAAUGUAUCAACCAGCUUAGCAGAAAGUAUAAAGUCAAUGAAUCUUCGGCCAGAAGAAGAUGACAUUCCAUGGGAAGCCUUGCGAGACAACAGAGACUUAAAUGUUUUCUUUAGCUGGGAUCCAAAAGACAGGGAUGUUUCUGAAGAACAUAAGAAAUUUUCCUUGGAGGAGGAAACAAUGUGGUUAAGAAUCCGUUCCUUAACCUUGAGGCUGAUCAGUGGACUUCCAAGUCUUAACCAUUCUGUUGGGCCAGAGAAUUCGGAGAAGACCACUGAGAAUGGAGUAUCCUCCCGGAUUGAUAUUUUCCGUUUGCUCCUUCAACAGCUGGAGGUGGCCCUGGAGACGGGAAAGCGAUUUAUUGAGAAGGACAUUCAGUAUCCUUUCCUUGGUCCUGUACCUACCAGAAUGGCUGGAUUCUUUAAUUCUGGCUGUUCUCAGUGUCAGACCAGCUCUUUUUAUCUUGUUAGUGAUAUUUAUGAGCUGGACAUCAAUGGUUUAGAGGAUACAAUGGAGAUCCAGGAGCGAGUAGAGAAUAGUCUUAAGUCUUUACUAGAACAGUUAAAAGAUGUCUUCAGUAAAUGUAAAGGUGAUCUUUUAGAAGUUAAAGAUGGUAACUUGAAAACACAUCCUACUCUUUUAGAAAAUCUAGUCUUCUUGGUUGAGACUAUUUCUAUUAUCCUUUGGGUGUCCAGUUACUGUGAGAGUGUCCUGCGACCAUACAAAUUAAAUUUACAGAAAAAGAAGAAGAAGAAAAAAGAAACCAGCAUCGUCAUGCCACCUGUCUUUACCAGUUUCCAAGACUAUGUUACUGGGCUUCAGACUUUAAUUUCGAAUGUUGUGGAUCAUAUUAAAGGACUUGAAGCACAUCUAAUUGCACUUAAACUUGAAGAUCUUAUUUUAGAAGACACUUCCCUCUCACUGGAAGAGAGAAAAUUUUCAAAGACUGUACAAGGGAAGGUACAGAGCAGUUACCUGCACUCACUUCUGGAAAUUGGGGAGCUGCUGAAAAAAAGACUUGAGACUACAAAGAAACUAAAAAUUUAAGUUAGUGUGAACCACAAGCACUGAUGACUCUACAACAGAAAAUGACAUCAUCUUCCCAGGCAAAAGCUACAUCUGGUUGACCAUCAUUUUAAUCCAGAACUUCCUCAUAAAAUGCAUGAAGGACUUUGAUCGUGAAUUAAUUUUUUAGGUAUUAAAUGUAUACAACUGAUUAAAUUAUUGUAUAUAAACCGGAAGCAGGACCCUCGUCUGGGUUUGACCACUUUUUAUACAUGUUCAUAUGCAUAUGGCAGCCACAAGAGAACCCCACUCUUCUUCUUCCCUUCUAUCACCGGAAACAUCUGGUGGGGUGGGGGGAAAGCAGCAAUAGAAAUUAAGCAUAAAGCAUUGACCUCAGAGCAGCUGAAUGGCCCUACCAUUAUAUCAGUGCGUGUUUUGGUCUGGUCCUUGAGCCUUAGGAAUCAGAAAGCAGAAGAAGAGGGGGACCAUGAUUGGGAGCAGGCCCUCUUUCCACAUUAGCAGUUUAGUUUUGAGGCUUCCUCAAAUGCUUGGCUCCCACAGAACCCAAGGCAGGUACCCAAAGGGCCUCAGAUGAAAUUUGGCAUAAGCACCUGCCACUGAAGGACAUCACUCAGAUGCCCACAGGCUGUCGUUUUUCAGCUUAAUAAUCCCAAUGGCCGAGACAUCCCCAUCCUAGCUCCUGUGAGAGUUAAAUCAGAAGUAGCCUUUUGUUACCUUACAGCUGUUUGGAGGGGAAAGUAGUGCAGACCACUUACAAGCCUGCUGAGGACUAGCUUGCUGUCUUUCGUCUAUUUGCGAAAGAUGGGAAUCACUGUUUUAAAGAAGAGAGGUGUACAUAAUUUAUGCAGGCAAGUCUAAUACCAGUGUCGUUGGU